GCCGACCUUCACCAGCUUGCCCCUCAUCUCCUCACCAGCCAGUCCACCAGCCAAUCCGUCCACCAUGAGCCAGCAAUACUGCGUCAACGAGCUCUGUGUCCAAGGCAGCCAGCAGAACAACUAUACAUGCGCUGCCCCCAUCAGCUCGCUCACCAAUGGCAACUGCCUGAGCGUGUCGGCCAGCGACAUCACUUAUGUCAAGACCUUCCUGACCUCGGACUCGCAGCACCAGUUGCUGGCUCGGAUGUGCUGCGGUCUCAAUGGCUGCCAAGCUUCCAACCAAGCCAUCAACCCGUGCUCCAGCACAGACACCAACUAUGCCUGCGUCACCGGUAUCGUCAACAACCAGCCUUACGUCGCUUGCCGCAAUUUAUUCUUUGGUGAAAGCAGCGAUUUCUGCACCUUUUCAUUCCCGGGGACUUGGACUCCCACAACGUGCGAUGGCUCAGGGUCCUCGUUGCCGAUCGCUGCGAUUGCCGGAGGUGCUGCGGGUGUUGUCGUCGUUGUUGCUGCCAUCGUCGGCGUCAUCUGGUUCCGCCGCUCCAAAAAGCCUGCCAAUACGACGCCGCCUGCGCAGAGGCCUUCCAUGAACAAUCCGUCCAUGAUCGAGCUCGUUCCUGCUCAAAACUCCAACCCUUACCUUCAUCAGGGUGCCCCCAACUCCAUGUCUGAGUAUACGAAGGGCCCAUAUGCUCCUGCUGUCGCCAACCAGUCUCCCGGCUAUGCCACCAACAGAUACGAGCCUGCUGCCUAUCAGAGCAGCGCUCCUGUCUCGCAGCCGACCGCCUACUAUGCUCCUUCCACGGGCUAUUCCGACAGUGGCGCUCCCAACCCCUCUGUCUAUGCCCCCAGUACUUCGAACCACUCGGCUUAUCGAGUUCCCACCCAGACCCAAGCCUACAGCCAAGCCCCUAGCCAGACCUACAGCCAAGCCCCUAGCCAGACCUACAGCCAGCAGCAGCCUGGCUCCUCCAAUGCUGCGGCCUCCGUCAAGUACGUCGCCAUCGCCUCCAUCGAUACAAAGAACCCCCAGCAGAUCAGUCUGAGUCUCGGCGACACCAUCUUGGUCCAGCCACCGUUUGUUAACGGAUUUGCCCAGGGUUUCAACCAGCGCACAGGUCGCUCUGGCUUCGUCUCCGAGAACUGUCUCCGCGCCGUGGAUGUCGCUCCUCAGGCAACACACGACGACGGCCUCCCCAGCUAUGUUCGCUGAAACCCGCUGGCUCGCCAAGCUUGCACAAUCCCUCCAAUGCUGCUUCCUCCACCUCGUCGGGUUAUCCUCUUGUAGUCUUUACUCUGCUCUCGCUCUUGUUGUCCCAAUGCCUCGAUGUCUCGAUGUCUCGU